CUUUAGGUACAAGUCAAAAAUUAAAUUUCGACGACAAAUAUAAAAACAACGCCUACCAAAUUCACGCACUUUUGCCUACAUUUCCCAUAUUCAUUCUCCAAACUUCUGGUAGUUACAUAAAAUUUUUCUCAACUUCUAAAUAAAAAUAAUUCUGCGUUUCUAUUCUAUUACCAUGACGAUUUACGAAAAGGUUUGUAAAACUUUUUACAAUAAUCCUUCUCUCUCCAAGAUUCUCGUCGUCGUCGCCGUUAGUGGUGGUGCUGGUGGCGGCCUUCUGGCUUAUUCUGAUUCAAAGUCAUAUCAAGCGGAAAAUGAUGUAUUUCCACAACUCGAAGUUGUCAACAAGAAAAAGAAGGUGGUGGUUCUCGGAACUGGUUGGGCUGGAACGAGUUUUUUAAAAAACUUGAAAAAUCCUUCGUAUGAUGUUCAUGUCAUAAGUCCUCGUAAUUACUUUGCAUUUACACCUUUGCUACCAAGUGUCACAUGUGGUACAGUUGAAGCUCGUAGUAUUUGCGAACCAAUUCGAAAAUUGGUUAAUAAGAAAGAUUUAAGUGUUAGUUAUUGGGAAGCUGAAUGUCUAAGUAUUGAUCCUGAAAGAAAGAAAGUUACAUGUCGAUCAACUCAAAAUGCUGAUUUGAAUGGGAAAGCUGAAUUCUCUGUCGACUAUGAUUACCUUGUUAUUGCUAUGGGAGCUCGUUCUAACACCUUCAACACCCCUGGAGUAGAGGAGAAUGCCCAUUUCUUAAAGGAAGUAGAGGAUGCUCAAAAAAUCCGUCAGAGCAUUAUUGACUGUUUUGAGAAGGCCGCCCUUCCAACACUUAGCGAGGAGGAAAAGAAAAGAAUACUUCAUUUCGUUGUUGUUGGGGGUGGUCCUACAGGUGUUGAGUUUGCCGCAGAACUUCAUGAUUUUGUUAAUGAAGAUUUAGUGAAAUUAUAUCCCAAAGCUAAAGAGUUUGUGAAGAUAACAUUAUUGGAGGCAACAGAUCAUAUAUUGAAUAUGUUCGAUAAAAGAAUUACAGCAUUUGCUGAGGAUAAGUUUCAUAGGGAUGGUAUCAAUUUACAAACAGGGUCUAUGGUUGUAAAAGUGACUGACAAGGAUAUAUCAACCAAAGCACUCAAAAAUGGUGGGGUGAUAUCCUCCAUGCCUUAUGGAAUGCUUGUGUGGUCUACCGGAAUCGGAACUCGUCCUGUGAUAAUGAAUUUCAUGAAACAAAUUGGCCAAACCAAUAGGCGUGCCUUGGGUACUGACGAGUGGCUAAGAGUGGAGGGUACUGGUGAAAUAUAUGCCUUGGGUGAUUGUGCAACCAUUAUCCAGCGCAAAGUCCUGGAAGAUAUCGCUGACAUAUUCAAAAAAGCUGACAAGGAUAAUUCUGGAACUCUGACAGUGAAAGAAAUGCAAGACGUGGUUGAUGACAUCCUGGAAAGAUACCCUCAAAUUGAACUAUACCUCAAGAAUAGGCAUAUGAAGAGCAUUACCGAUCUGAUGACCGAUGCGAAAGGGGAUGCAAAAAAGGAAGCUGUUGAAUUGAAUAUUGAAGAGCUCAGAGCUGCUUUUUCACAAGUGGACUCGCAGAUGAAAAAUCUUCCAGCAACUGCUCAGGUUGCUGCUCAGCAAGGUACCUAUCUUGCUGACUGUUUCAAUCGUAUGGAAGAGUGUGAAAAGAACCCUGAAGGUCCCAUUAGAAUCCGAGGAGAAGGUCGCCAUCGAUUUAAACCAUUCAGGUAUAAGCAUUUUGGUCAAUUUGCUCCACUUGGAGGAGAACAAGCAGCAGCCCAACUUCCUGGAGAUUGGGUUUCGAUUGGUCACAGUACUCAGUGGCUGUGGUACUCUGUUUAUGCUAGCAAACAAGUCAGCUGGCGUACAAGAGCCUUGGUGGUUGGAGACUGGUCUAGGCGUUUCAUAUUUGGUCGGGAUUCAAGUCGCAUUUAGAUCCAGCUGAUGCAACAAUGGCUCUAGGUUUUGUUCCUAAAACAUUUUAUAAUCGUACCUCGAUAAAAUAUCACAAUCACACUUGCCUUUAUAUGCAUAUGUCGUGAUUUGAGAAAGCAAAUUUUGUCUAAAUUUCUUGAUUCAUUUACUGGUUACUGUAGUUAUAGUGGAAGACUCCUCAAGUUUUGGGUUAUUAUUGAGACCUAUUACUAGUAAUUGGCCAGCCAAAAUAUUGGUCCUUCUUGAGAAACUCCAUAUUAUUAUUGUACUUGUGAAUUGUGAUGAAUCACAUAAAUGCGGGAAGAUUGUUUAUUGAGUUCUUAA